GGAUUGCAGCCCUGCUUCAAAUGAGUCGAAUGAGUCGCUGUCAGACAUUUUUUCUCCUACUUAAAUUUUCUCACGGGGUUCACGAAACUCCAGCACACAUUUUCGCCUUGGCACGGCACUGAGCAACAAAAUGGCGUCAGGGAGCUCCACCACCGUCGUACAAGGCUGGCCUAAUACCAAAGAUGAUUACGAAUUAAAAGAAGUAAUUGGUGUUGGAGCUACUGCUGUCGUGCAUGCUGCAUUUUGUAUUCCUCGCCAAGAAAAAUGUGCAAUCAAGAGAAUAAAUUUGGAAAAAUGGAACACAAGUAUGGACGAGUUAUUAAAAGAAAUUCAAGCUAUGUCUUCCUGCAAUCACGAGAAUGUAGUCACAUACUACACAUCUUUCGUAGUAAAAGAAGAACUCUGGUUGGUUCUGCGCCUUCUCGAAGGAGGUUCUUUACUCGACAUCAUCAAACAUAAAACACGAACAUCGAAUUGCAAACAUGGUGUUUUUGAUGAAGCUACAAUAGCUACGGUACUUCGAGAAGUUCUCAAAGGACUUGAAUAUUUUCACAGCAAUGGACAAAUUCACAGGGACAUUAAAGCAGGGAACAUUCUUCUUGGUGAGGAUGGUACGGUGCAAAUAGCAGAUUUUGGAGUAAGCGCUUGGCUAGCAACCGGCAGAGAUCUCAGUCGACAAAAAGUUCGACAUACAUUUGUUGGAACACCUUGUUGGAUGGCACCCGAGGUCAUGGAGCAGGUGAGAGAGGAUCAUGGCUAUGAUUUCAAGGCAGAUAUUUGGUCGCUAGGUAUAACUGCUAUUGAAAUGGCAAGUGGAACUGCUCCUUAUCAUAAAUACCCGCCAAUGAAAGUCCUUAUGCUAACUUUGCAGAAUGAUCCACCUACUUUAGACACUGCAGCUGAUGAUAAAGAUCAGUACAAAGCAUAUGGAAAAACUUUUCGAAAAAUGAUAGUGGAUUGUCUGCAAAAGGACCCAACAAAAAGACCAACGGCAACGGAACUUCUAAAGCACCCAUUUUUCAAAAAGGCAAAAGACAAGAAAUAUUUGCAACAGACACUUGUUGCUAUUGGCCCUAGUCUUGAGACUCGAGUUCAGAAGGCUUCAAAAAGGCAGCCUGGUACUUCGGGUCGAUUGCACAGAACUGUGACUGGAGAAUGGGUUUGGUCGUCGGAGGAAGACAGUGGAGGUUCUAGUGGCGAGGAUGGUAAGGAACCGUUGCCAGUAAAUAAUAUAGAAAAUGUAAGCAGUGACGAGGAAGUUCCGGAUCCUGAGGAUUACUAUGGACAAGUUAAAACUGCUCAAAGUCAUCUGACUAUACAAGCAGCUGAACAAAACGCUCCCAUCAAUUUAGUUCUUAGACUACGAAACCAAAAACGAGAACUUAAUGAUAUAAGGUUCGAAUUUGCCGUGGGAGUUGACUCAGCGGAAGGAAUUGCUGCAGAAUUAGUGGGAGCAGGCUUAGUUGAUAGGAAAGAUAUUGUCGUUAUAGCAGCUAAUCUUCAGAAAUUAAUAAACACUUCUGGAGAAGUUCGAACAGUAACAUUUCCUUUGAAUUCCGGUUAUGCUCCAAAUGAAGUGCCAGAUGACAAGGCAUUGAUUGGUUUUGCGCAGAUAACAAUUACUGACUAGAUUUGACAAUGAACAUUAUCCACGAAUUUUUUGACUUCAAAGUAAAAUAUUCAAAUGAAAGAAAGAAGAAUGAGCAGUACCGACUUUUUUAUAACGAAAUAAGUCAAAAAUUGAAGCUUUGCUUUUGACUUUUUAUAAUUAUUUCGGUUCCUCGUAAGACAAAAUCGCAAGAAGAAAAUAAAAACACUCUCGUCCGUACUAGCUUUACAAUUUAGACUUAUAUAUUAAGAAAUAAUGGCUGUAGUUUCAUAUAAUCAACUUGUAACAUUCGUAUUGCGAUAAUGAAUGUAAAUAAUAGUGAUAAUAGUUAACCGCUUUUAGUGUCAAAUAUCCAGAGAAUGAAGAACAAUUUGAGGCCUUAGUGUUAAUUAAUUUUGUGAGUCAACUAAAAAAACUUACAAAAUGCAGAUGCUGAAGCAUCUCACUUACUUAUCGAUUAGAUGCAUUCCUCGUUUUUACAUUCUCAUUUUUAAUGAGUAUUGAACAAUGCGUGCGGGGAAAAUUGAGAAUGUCAUCGCAAUGAGUCCUAAAAAAAAAGAAAUACUUACUGUUAAAAUAUGUAUUAAUAACAGUAGGUGUAAUAUUGCGCUUUUCACUGCAACUUAGGUGAAAAUGACAACAUUAUUUCGUACUUAAUCGUCUCAUAUGAAUUUCCUUAUUUCCACCAGAAUAAAAACAUUGUAAUGCGACACUCUGUAAGACUUUUGAAAACUAUUAUCUAUUUUACUAUCUUGACUUUUGUAGUCCAAUAAUGUAAAAUGUUCUUUCUAUCAGUAACAUUUGUUUUCUAACGCAGGGUAUAUUCCGAGGAUUCAUUUUUAUAAAAUACUGUUUGCGUUGGAGGGUACCAAAAUUUUUUAUUCUUACAAAAAUGGGACAAAAUCAUUCCAAAAAUGCAAACUUAAAAGUAAAGAUUGAUCGAACGCUGGUUUUUUGAAUAUUGAAUAAAAAAAACUCGUCUUUUGGUAAUUUGGUGAUUUUUUAAUUUUAACGGCAAAUUUUUGAAGAAGAAUCCAACAAACAAUUGGUGCAAAAGUUUAUAAUUUCGUAUUUUGUUUGAAAAAGAAGAAUUAAAAAUCCGCUCUGGGGAAAGAGUAAAGAAUUUAAUUUACAAUACUUUAAACAAAUACCAAUAUUGUUCUUGAAUAAAAAUUACAAUUUUCUGUCAAUAAGAGACGAAUUAUGUAACAUAAGCUAAAAUUUAACAAAUAAUCCCUAGGAAAAAAAUGUGAUUUUUAUGCAAAUGGAAAUUUUAAUUGUUUAAAAUGUUCUAAACUCUUUACCCUUCAACAAAACCGAAUUUCAACUUUAAUUUGUCUUUCUUUUAAAAUUGAAAUUAUAACAUUGAACUAAUAUUUAUUUUCACGAUCUGUCAGAUUUUUCGUUCAGUUUUUGAAAAAUUAUUUAAAAUCUUAUGACAAAUUAGAUGCCAAACGUUCAUAAUUCAUAAUGUCGGAUUUAAUACAAGAAAUUUCCAAAUAGUUAUAAAAAUUUAUUCUCUGGAGUUUUUGGGGUCACUUAAUUCAAAUCUAAUUGCAGCUAUUUAAAAUUCAAAAAUUUGUAAUCAGACGCUCCUCAAAACGGGUUUUGAAAAAAAAAAUUUCAAAAUUUCACAUGGAAUGACCCAUAUGGGCAUCAAUGCAUAUGAGCAUUCCAUGUGAAAUUUUCAUUAAACAUUUUUUUUAUUUGAAAUUAUUUUUUAAAAUCCUUUAUGAAAAAUAAGAAAACAUGUAUUUUUUUAUUUCGUUAUAGGAUGAAAAUUGUGGAAGUUAUGAUUUUUUUAAAUUCAACUUCUUCAAAGGCCGAGGACUUUUCAAAUGCUUUUUUUCUAAUACUUCUAGAAGAUAAAAAAAUGUACUAUAUGAAAUUCAUUCGUUUUUUCUUAAAGUUUUUAUAUAUUUAAUAAAAAAAUAACGUAUUUACAUCAAAAAUAUAGAAAAAAUUGAAUUUUGAGAAAAGUCACAUUUUUUAAUUAGUUUCAAUUUUUUAAAUACUUUCGAUGUAAAUACAUUAUUUUUUAUUUAAUAUUUAAAAGCUUUAAGAAAAACUAAAUAAACUUCAUAUAGUACAUUUUUUUAUCUCCUAGAAGGAUGAGAGAAAAACGCGUAUUAAAAGUCUUCGGCCUUUAAAGAAGUUGAAUUUAAAAAAAUCUUAACUUCCACAAUUUUCAUCCAAUAACGAAAUAAAAAAAAACGUGUUUUCUUAUUUUUCAUAAGGAUUAAAAAAAAUGGUUUCAAAAAAAAAAAAAUUUUGUAAUGAAAAUUUCACAUGGAAUGUCCCAUAUGCAUUGAUGUUCAUAUGGGUCAUUUCAUGUGAAAUUUUGAAAUUUUUUUUUGAAAACACAUUUUGAGGAGCAUCUAAUUACAAAUUUUUGAAUUUACAAUAGUGGUUAAAAUUCUCGUGAAUGGUAAAAACCAAAUUUUCGUAAAAAUAUCAGCCCGAUCAAUCUUCAUUUUUGAGAACAUGAGAAAUUUUGUCACGUAAAAAAAAGAUUAUUUAUUAUCAUUUCAAUUUGAUUAUGAAGAUCAUAUGAAAUGUAUAAUAUCAAUUUUUGCAAUUAUUCUUAUAUGUAUAGUAUAUUUUUAUUAAUAUGAAAUACUCAUUUCGAGAUUUAAAAAAAAAAUAAUAUUCUCAAAUGAAACUAUAGAAAUCGGCAUAAAAUGCUGUUAUUUGAAAUGUUAAACUAUAAUUUAAAGAAUUGGUUGUCAUAAUCCUUGAGAUAUACCUUGUUAUAUAUUAAAAAUACAAAAACCGCAAUAUACUGCUCAAAAUAUAUAAUUAUUUAUAGAUGCGAAUUUACUUGUAAAUAUAAAACUUUAUUCUUUUCAUAUUGUAAAGGACAGAACUAAAUGAGCCUUUUAAUCAGUGUCUAUUGUCUACUAGGAAUUAUUAAUUUAUAAUUAUAUACAAAUUUGCACGAUAGGUAUAUUAUUAAUGAUUAACGACGAAUGGUAAUUAUUGAAAUAAAUAAAAAAUGACAAUCUA